AUGGCGCAUCCAUACCGAAGAAGCGACGCGACCGGUGCUAAGGUCACCAAGCGAGCUCCAAAAUCCAAAACACAGAGCAUGAGCAUGGCAAUGGGCCUUCCAGAAAGUGCAUCAUCAAUUAACAUGCAGGAUCCACAGGACCAGGUCGAAGAGGCCGCGAAAUUUCGCAAAACUCGAAAGAUUAAGAAGGAAGCACAACAAGCUCUGGAGAAACAUCAAAGAGACUCAGUCCAUAAUCAAGGAUACCAGGCAGAAAUCCAGGGCCUACAAAAUAGAUUGAAGCAAUAUGCCGAAAGGGUUGCGAAGGGGCAAGUUGUUGGCUCGCAGCAGAAAGCACAGAUCCAUGCUCUACAACAAGCACUUUCUCAGGCAAUACAAAAAGAGCAGAUGCAGAUCGCAGGAACGGCUACUCAAUUAGUGCAAAGCCAAUCAGCAGUACACAAUGCGGAAAUGGAACGUCUACAUCGGCUUUUAAUUGCCUAUGAACAACAGCUUGCAACGGGCCAAGCACUCGACGCAGAUCAGCAAGAACAGAACCGUAGCCUCCGACGAGCACUUAACGAUGAAUUGCGAACGGCUGAUAUAAGAGAGAAUUAUAUCUUUGACCUUGAGAGCGACCAUUACCAGAUCCGGCAUUUGGGCGAAGUUUUCAAGCAGCGAGAGCGCAACCUUGAGUCUGAGCUCGAAUUUAUGAAGCAACAGGUGGAACUGCUGGAACGCGAUCUAGACAGGAUGAUAGAGAAAUUCCAUAUCACCGAUAACCGCUACUACAACAUCUUCUGCGAGGAAAUCUACCAGUGGAAGAAACUGAGAGAUCUGAUUUUGUGUUUAGAGCCCAAGAAGUCAUUCUGGGAAAAAGUGAAGUCAUAUGGAAAUUUCAUGCAGAAGACACUGCUGUUGUCAGAUGAGGCUGUCAGGAUAUCUCAUGAUCUUCUCCUGAGAACGGAGUACAUUUGGUCUCGCCAACUAGUCGAACAGCUCGAGCAAGCGCAAGGUGGAUAUUCAUCGUUCAGUAAAAUGAUGGACUUCCGACCACUGUCCGUGAGCGGACUCUACCAACUACCGACCCAGGAGUCUGAGAGUGAUUCUGACUCUGAUGCCGAGCAAGAUAACGAUUUCAAAUUUUUCCUCUCACCCAACGCGUCACCCUUUGCAAAAAGUGCCGAAUUCACGAGUCUUAAAACAUUUGUCGAGGACAAUCUGAAGGGACAGUCUUCACGAUACUGUAAUGACACAGAUGAAGAGGACUCCGGAUACAUGACCGACAUGGCUACUUUCUCUGGGACGAGUAUUUACCAAUACACCAGUCCACUUGGCCAGCAUCCCGGGUCGAGCAAUGCAGACCACCUCGGCCUCCAAGGCUUCCAGCCUCGAGAAAACGUCCCUGAAGAGGUCAUUAUAUCUCGAAGUGACAAGGCCAUACGUGCAGCCAUUGCUUCUCGAAAGCGCUUGAAUAAGGGCGCCGGAUCUCAUACUCACAUGGUGGAUGCAGAUGAGCCUCUGAUCCAGCUAUCAAUGGGAAAAAAGCGCACGGGGACCUCUAACAGUCCCUACACGCAUCCUGAUAUGGGCCUGAAGAAGUCAAUUGUACACAACCAUGUGCGCAGAACAAGCCAACAUGAUGUCGUCGUACCACGCACCCGAAGUAGAGGACAGUUCCCAGAGCGAGUCUCGAAGUCAAACCUGGCACGAUCCUCUCAGUUAAAAUGGCGGGAACGGCACCACUCACCAGUCAAGCCAUCGCGGGCGCCGGUCUCCUUAUCAGAGAAGGAACUGUCGCGCAUCGUUGAAAUUCGGACAUCGGCUGACUCCACUGAGACAACCACGAAGGCAAUGCGAACUGUUGGAGAGAACGCUGUCGAGUAUAGUCUAGCAGGGUGGAUCUGGCUCUAUUUCAAACGGAGACCGAAAGCACUCAUUCAGCCAUUGGUUGGCAUCGCAGUCUGUGUUGCGGCCAUGUACCUCAUCGCGGAUUGGCGGCUUUAUCGAGAGUUUGUUGCGGCCAACACGGCAUCCGAUCGGAUGAUGGCUCGCAUGCGUCGAGCUCAAGCAGAGUACCGAGUAGUUGAUUCCCCUUAUAGUAAUGGACAGUGGAAAAAAUGGCUGGAUGUUGAUCGGGUGGCAUUGCAGUGA